GACUAUUCGUAUGCCCCUGAUUCGAAUGAUAUCGCCAGAUACUACCAUUGUAUGGAGCAUUUUCAGGAGAUCCGCCUGAACCUAUGCCUCGUCGAAUGGGCUCCUUUACUUGCGAUGUGCAUUUCAUGCCAAACAGCUGAUUCAGACACGUUUGCUCGCUCCUACCUCUUGUGCGCUAUCGACCGAAUUUCUUCUCAAGACUCUCACAAGCUUUCGCGCCAGCCAUCAGCAUUGUAAGAAUGCAGUAUUGCAACUCCUCAUCACUGAUGACAUUUACGUUCACACCUGUUUUACUUUUGUUAUUGGUGAUACACCUGGAGAUGCAGCAUGCAGCAGCCGAAGCUGGUCGAUCUCAUGGUCCAAACUCCAAUCGUGGACAGGGAAGUGCUGUCGACAUGCAAAGCGAAAUGCGCGAUCGCGGAGAAGAACAACCGACAAAAGGUGGAGGCAGCACCUCAGCGACUGUAGCGUCGGAUCUUCCACCUGCUGUGAAAGGCAUUGACUACUUUCAACUUCCCGCAGUUGACACCGCAGCUAAGAGGGUGCGUAGUUGCUACAAUGCAACGUUCUAUCUUUCCCAUAUUCUCCCAUUAUGGAGAGAUGAAACAGUCUGCGCAAUUGACAUGCCACAUCAUUUAAGCCUCACUACAGAGCAAUGUAAAGAUUGGUGUCUAGAGCAACAUUCAGAGUACAUGCAGGGUCAGGUUGUCGCUGUCAAGAGAACACUUAAAAAGGACAGUUGCCUUCAGAGUUUCGACGUUAAAAUAGGCGUCUCUUACGAAACUUAUGUUGCUCCGGUUUCGUGUGAAAUCAACUGUAACUGCACAUUGGUCAACUACCUCGAGCGUAUCAAGAUGCCAUGGUUGAGCUUGAAUGGAGGGUAUUAUGAGCUGACGCCCCACCGACCAAAGUCUUACUGGCGUGGAUUUUUUGAACUAGAAACGGACCCGCCCAGCGGUUGUCAUGACGAAGAUAUAAGCAAAAAGGUUGCUUGGAUAUCGGAGUCUACACAUCCUGUGACAGGUAAGAAGUCAACCAUCCACUGGCAGGUCAAGAGUGAAGUCAGUAAACACAAUUUGUCCUGCGACAAACUUGAUUGGGAUUGGUGAUGCAAUUGCUUGCAUUCGCCAAGUAUGAAAAAACAUCAACAUUUGUUUAGGCCUGGAAGAUGUGAAGAAGGUCACAAAGUACCCAAGGGUCCCACAACAAGCAAGAAAAAAGCAAAGAUGUCUGUUCUGGGUACAGCCGGUACCACUCAGCUGAU